AUGACUGCAAUUCAAAUAAAACAGCUGUAUGAUCGUGUAGCUCAGGUCGAACAUGUGGAUCAUGCUCGUCGUUCAGCUCAACAUUGUGUCAAAGCAUUACUAACUGCUCAAACUCAAACAUACGAUUAUCUUCCAUACUUCUACUCAAGGGUGUUUGAAUUCGAAGGGAGCCCUAGGAAAAUAUGGUGGCAAUUUUUUGGGGAUAAUGUUGGUGAGACAAUUGAAAUUUGGAACUUUGAUCUAAAGAUCGCUACUUUUUGGAUUGAUUCUGGUAAAUUAAAAGGGGUUCUUGAAAGCGGAAGUCCUGAGGUAAUUUCACUUUAA